AUGGAAUCGGCCGAGCGAGGGCCUCCUCCGACCGCCGCACCGAAGAAGGAGAAGGCCCCGGCGGCGUCGUCGAAGCCGUCCAAGUCGGGUGGCGGGAAGCAGAAGAAGAAGUGGAGCAACGCGGUGCUCUUCGACCAGGCCACCUACGACAAGAUGCUCACCGAGGUGCCCAAGUACAAGCAGAUCACGCCCUCCGUCCUCUCCGAGUGCCUGAGAGGAAACUCUGCAUUGUUUCUGAAUCACCUUUCACACGUCCCCUGCCCGGUCGGCUGCCCCUUCGCCCGGCGCAUCGGCGAACCCAGCGGCGGCCUCGCCCGGCCCAUCGGCGGCCCCAGCAGCCUCCUCGCCUGGCCCAUCGGCAGCUCCUUCACCGCGCGCUGCUGA